AUGAGGCAAAUAUCGUUUCCGGAACAAAUAAAUGGAUAUACAGUCACUCCUGUUUCUCUCAGCAAAGAAAAAAAAAACCCAGUUUAUCAUGUUAUUUAUCUUAAGAAGCAUGACAUGAAGUCUCUGGUUGAUAAUGAACAUAGUGAAGAGGGUAGAGUUGUCUAUGCAGUAAACCUCCCAAUUUCAUCGUCUAUUGAUCAAAUUAAGUCUUUUUGCCAGGAUGUUGCGGGUGUAAUUGUGGAAGAUUAUCGACCUGAGACAGGAAAUCGUGCACAAAUUGUUUUUGUCGAUAAAGCUUCUUGUAGCCGUUUCCUUUCAAAAGCAAAACAGUUGUACAAGCUUGAUAAAGAUGUAUAUAUCUGGCCCAAUGAUGAUUCUGGUUAUAAAAAGUACAUUUCAAAAGGAUUUGAAAAGUUCACUGAUCCUGUCACAUUAAUGAAAAGCGUUAAUGAAUUUAUGAACGCCUACAAUGAAGCUGAAGAAAGGGAGAAGAGGAGCAGGCGAUCGAAGUCAGGACUUGUUGAUGAGGAUGGAUUUACACUUGUUGUUAGUAAUGCUCGUGGUUCAAAGGCUAGUAUUGCAGCACAAACCUCUGCAACUCAAGCAAAAUUAAAAUUAGAGGCUGAUAAACGAAAUAAAAAGAGCCAAAUGGUAGAUUUCUACCGAUUUCAAAUUCGCGAACAAAAGAAAAAAGCAACUAAUGACCUGUUAAAGAAGUUCAACGAGGAUAGAGAGAAAAUAACUGAGAUGCGACAAAAAAAUCGGUUUAAACCAUACUAA